GUGCGCCGAUCGUGCCCGGAGCGCCCCUAGAGCGGCGGAACCCCGGGACCAUGAGCAGCUCCGAGGAGGUGUCGUGGAUCUCGUGGUUCUGCGGCCUCCGCGGCAACGAGUUCUUCUGCGAGGUGGACGAGGAUUACAUCCAGGACAAAUUCAACCUGACGGGGCUCAACGAGCAGGUGCCCCAUUACCGCCAGGCCCUGGACAUGAUCCUGGACCUGGAGCCAGACGAGGAGCUGGAGGACAACCCCAACCAGAGCGACCUGAUCGAGCAGGCGGCCGAGAUGCUCUACGGGCUGAUCCACGCGCGGUACAUCCUCACCAACCGCGGCAUCGCCCAGAUGCUGGAGAAAUACCAGCAGGGAGAUUUCGGGUACUGCCCGCGGGUGUACUGUGAGAACCAGCCCAUGCUGCCCAUCGGGCUCUCGGACAUCCCCGAGUGUCCCCGUGCCAUCCCCGGCUGUGUCCGUGGCCCGCCCCGUUCCCAUGACAACGCCGCCAUUUUGUCCCGCCCCCGUUCCCAUGACAACGCCGCCAUUUUGUCCCGCCCCCGUUCCCAUGACAACCCCGCCAUUUUGUCCCGCCCUCAUUCCCAUGACAACCCCGCCAUUUUGUCCCGCCCCCGUUCCCAUGACAACGCCCACGCCGCCACUUCCGGCGCCGCCGUCAUGGCGAAGCUCCUCAGCUGCGUCCUGGGCCCGCGGCUCUACCGCGUCCACCGGCCCCGCUUGAGCGGAGCGGCCGGAGGGGCCGCGGCGGGGCCGGAGGGCGCGGGCGGUGAGCGGGGGGAGCCGGCCUGGGACUCCUAUUACCAACCGCGGGGGCUGGAGAAGCACACGGACAGUGUCCUGGCGCUGGCCUCGGUGCUUUGGUCCAUCUCGUACUACGCCUCCCCCCUGGCCGUGUUCUACCUGUACCGGAAAGGCCUGCUCACCAUGUCCCGCGUGGUGCCCCUUUCCCACUGCGCCGCCACCCUGGGGCUGCUGCUGGCGGGCGUGGCCUGCCUGAGAGGGCUGGGCCGCUGGAGCAACCCCCAGUACCUGGAGUUCAUCGCGGUGCUGGAGGAGAGCCACCGCUCGGGCACCCCCGAGAGCAAGCGCAAACUCGGCCUCUACACCUUCGACUUCCGCAGCUGGCCCGUGGAUUUCCGCUGGGACAGCGCCGGGCCCGCCUGGUCUGAGCCCCAAAACCCCCCCGGGACCCCCAAAACCUUCCCUGGGACCCCCAAAACCUUCCCUGGGACCCCCAAAAACCUCCCUGGGACCCCUAGAAACCUCCCUGGGAACCCCAGAAACUUCCCUGGGACCCCCAGAAACCUCCCUGGGACCCCCAACCCCCCCCCGGGAUCCCCAAAACCCACCCCCCCCCCGACCCCCAAAUUUCGUUGCAGGGGCGGGGCCCGGGCGGUGCCGCUGCUCCAGACCCCCCCCAAGCCCCGGGGGGGCUCCCGGGGGCUCCUGGGGGCGCUCCGGAAACUUCCGUGUGCCCUGGCCAGGUUUCUCCUGGCCCACACCCUGGGCCGCCGGAUGCUGUUCCCGGGCUCGGUGCGGCUGCUGCAGAGAGCUCUGCUGCCAGCCCUGCUGCAGGGCCAGGCCCGCCUGGUGGAGCAG